AUGACAACUUUGUCUUCAAGAUCAAGCUUUAAUGGUGGUACAAGAAUGAGGAACAAGAAGGUAAUAAGAUGCGACUGUGGUGAUGUUUGUGGUGUAUCAGUCUCACGAACACCUGAUAAUCCAGGACGAAAAUUUUGGGGCUGCCCUAAUUAUCAGGUGAAAGGAGGCAACUAUGGUUUUUUCAAAUGGGCGGAUGAAGAACUAGGUCAAAAUAUGGAGAUGUGUCAUACAGAGAAGAUCAAGCCAUUGUUAGAAGUGAUCAUAGGGUUGUUAGUGGUUAUAUCGCUGAUGCUAGGAAUAGUAGUUAUUAAGAUGUAG